GCGUGGCUACGCUGUGCGUGGAGGCCGUGGGCGGAGCUGGACGGUCGGCGAGCCGCCUGGUGGUAGCGUGACUGAUUUCUGCUGUCCGCUCAUCGUACAGCCAGAGAGACGCUUCGGAAGCCGGUGCAACGAUGUCCGACGACGAGCAGCAAGAGCAGACCAUCGCCGAGGACUUGGUCGUGACCAAGUACAAGAUGGGCGGUGACAUCGCCAACCAGGUGUUGAGGGUCGUCACCGAUGCAGCCAAACCAGGGGUUUCAGUUCUCAGCCUCUGUGAGAAAGGAGAUGCAUUCAUCAUGGCGGAGACUGGGAAGAUCUUUAAGAAGGAGAAGGACAUGAAGAAAGGCAUUGCGUUCCCCACCAGUGUCUCAGUCAAUAACUGUGUCUGCCACUUCUCUCCCCUGAAGAGCGACCCAGACUACACGCUGAAAGAUGGAGAUUUGGUCAAAAUUGAUUUAGGAGUGCAUGUCGACGGCUUCAUCUCCAACGUGGCUCAUAGCUUCGUUAUUGGAGCUACUAAGGAAGCACCUGUGACAGGAAAGAAGGCUGAUGUCAUCAAAGCAGCACACCUGUGUGCGGAAGCAGCUUUGCGUCUCGUCAAACCCGGCAACCAGAACACUCAAGUAACAGAGGCCUGGAAUAAGAUUGCUCAGUCAUUCAAGUGCAAUCCAAUUGAGGGUAUGCUGUCCCAUCAACUAAAGCAACACGUUAUUGAUGGAGAGAAGACCAUUAUCCAGAACCCUACAGAUCAACAAAGGAAGGACCACGAGAAGGCGGAGUUUGAAGUUCAUGAAGUUUAUGCCGUGGAUGUGCUGAUCAGCACAGGAGAGGGAAAGGCAAGAGAUGGCGGCCAGAGGACAACCAUCUACAAACGGGACCCCAGUAAGCAGUAUGGGCUGAAAAUGAAGACCUCAAGAAUGUUCUUCAGUGAGGUGGAGAGACGCUUUGACGCCAUGCCCUUCACUCUUAGGGCGUUUGAGGAUGAAGGAAAGGCUCGUUUGGGAGUGGUGGAGUGUGCCAAACAUGAGCUCCUGCAGCCUUUUAGUGUGCUGAACGAGAAAGAAGGUGAAUUUGUGGCUCAGUUUAAGUUCACAGUGCUGCUGAUGGCCAAUGGGCCCUUGAGAAUCACCAGUGGACCAUUUGAAGCAGAACUCUACAAGUCUGAAUGUGAUGUUCAAGAUCCUGAACUGAAGUCUCUGAUCCAGAGUUCUGCAAGUCGCAAGGCACAGAAGAAGAAGAAAAAGAAGGCCUCCAAAACUGCAGAGACUGCGACAGGCCAACCAGCUGAGAAUGAAGUUGCAGCUAAAUAGAGGCGACACAACUCCACCCUCUCACGAAACCCCCGAAGAGCAAAAACGUUAACAUUUCACUCUCGCCCUACUGUUUAUCCUCAUCAAAUUUGAUCAAGAGUCACUGUUAAAGCCUGUGUUUAAGCAUUUCUGCCUCCCUGUUACGGAGAAAUGUCAUUUCGAUUUGGACUCUAAGCGAGUGCGACAAAUUUGUACUUUCAUAAUGAAUCUAUUAACUCUUUUGAAGCACUCAAUUUACAUUUCAGCUGGAACGCAAUGCCUUUUUCAAAAUGUAAUUAAAAAAGCUUCGCAAUUCUUUUGUAGAGUUGCGUUUUUCACAACAUGUACUGGUGACUGAAAUGCUUUAUUUGGCCCAUUACAUUUAGAUUAAGUGGUUUGGGAAAGAAACAAAUUCGAUUUGCAGCUAUUUCUCAGGGUUCUGAAGAAAAAACAUCUCCCUUAUCUGAGAAGUAGUUUCGCACAAUUAGGAUUGAGAACACAUCCAUAGAGAAUUUCAUGACUUACAGGGGCAUUAGAAUUGGAAUUCUGUGUAUAGAAUUCCUGUGUACUCCAUUGUUGUGACGCCACAGCAUUUCCAAAAAGGGGAACAUUAAGUCUUUUUCUCUAACUGCCAUCCCUGUUCACAAGUGUCACAUUUGAAGAUGACAUUAGGGAAUGUAUUGGUCAUACUUUAUUCCUGCCCAUUUUCUUUCUUUUUUUUUUUUUCUCCACAUUUUAAUGUCUAAUUAUCUUUUGUUGAUGCAGGGAGAUUUUCCAAACAUAUUUUAAGCUGUAAUAAUUCAAGUUAAUAUUAGAAACUGAUUUAUUAGGGUUUUGGUUAAAGGUCUGGUCCAAGGUACACUAAAGCUACUUCAACCCACUGAAAAAGGUUAUAACUUCCACUUGCCAAGGGCCAACAUAGUAUCACUUUAUCUUCUACAAGCAAUAGAGUGUCUGUUUGACUGAAUAUACAGAUCAAAACUAGGCUCGGAUUGGAUUGAGAAGCUUUCCCAGUGUCAUUUUACAAUCCAGUCAGUGCAGUUAUUUCAGGAGGGGUGAUGGGAAGUGGCUGUAGAGCAUUUCUGGAUCAGGCCUAUUAUUUGGGACUUAGUUGAGGCUGGUUCGAUACAUCUUUUGAAAUGUCGGUUAUUGUGACUUUUGUUCUGUUUCCAGAUUGUAAAGGUUUAUGUGGCAGAGGAGGCUGGAGGUUUGGGUUUGACACGAUCUUGUUUUUGUAGUACGAACCAUCAUAUGGGACUAUUUUACAACUAAUGAAAUAAAACAUAAGUUUGAAUAUA